GAAGCCUAUAUAAGAGGCACUUGUCAGCUCUACAUACAAAACGCUCUCGGUAACUCAUAUUCGCCUAGUGCAAUUAUACAUUAAUAAGCGAUUUAUUCAUCGCAUUAUUGCUUCAGCUAACGACUUGUUUUCUCAGAGUGUUUACACACACUGCAAUUUGUUUUAACAAUGUUUCCAGCCGGGUUUUCCGUGUGCCUCUUGACUCUCACGUGUUUGUGCCUUCUUGAGAUGCCGUGGCCCACCUCGGCUCUACCGCUACACCGGCUUCUGGCGGCGAGGCGCCCGUCCAGGAGUGUGAGCGCGCUGAAGAGGCACGCUUCCCACAUGGCUACCGAGGCCGCGACGGUGGUCGGUUUGACAGACAGCCUUCACCUGACCUACAUGAGUGCUCGCUUCAACGGAGACAGAACGAUUCGCAGCGACGAAUUAACAGCGCCCUCUAUAGAGCUUCCAAGCACUUACACAGUUGCCGCAAUUAUCUCGGACACCGAGAUAGUGCGACGUCACUACGACAAUUUACGGAGAUACAAACAAGUGCUGCACGCUGUUGGCGAGACUGAGUCGGAGUUCUCUCAAAGAAUAGGCGAAGUUGUCGAGGACUUGGACCAACUGAUUGUCAGAGUUGGACAAAUGCAUGAAUUGUUCAACCAGUCAAUCGGGAAUUCACAACCAGAAGCCGUCGGUGCCUACCCGCAAAACACGGAGCGCAACACACGAACUCUGUUCGUGCUGCAAGAGUUCAAGACCUACAUGUCCCAAGUGGUCGACGACUAUGUACAACUCUCCAGCCACCUCUAGAACCAACCCAGAGCUCUAAGCCAAGGCACAAGGUGAUCCAGUAUCAAGUCAAACCCCAAGCAAGACUUUCUUGUGACCAAGCUUGUAAUAUUUGCAUCGUGAUAUGACUGGUACACGUAAUGGAUUAAAAAAAAACACAAUACGGUUUGUGCAACAAUAAAACACCAAGAAUUUCGUGGGAUGCAGAUUGAUUACGUAUCCUUACUGAAAUAUUUAUGCAAAUCAUUUGCAUGUAUUUAUAAACUCUUUCAAUUACAAAUUUUAAUAUAUUGAACUUGUAUUUUUAAUAUAUUGAACUUGUAUUUUUAAUACAUUGAACUUCUAUUUUGAAUAUAUCUAACGCAUAUAGUAUUAUAUUUAUAUGAAUGUAUGUAUUUAUUCUCAAUGAACGUGGGAUGCAGUUUGAUUACGUAUCCUUACGGAAAUAUUUAUGCAAAUCAUUUUGUAUGCAUUUAUUAACUCUUUUAACUGCACAUUUUAAUAUAUUUAACUUGUAUUUUUAAUAUAUUUAACAUAUUUAUUUAUGUGUUUAUUCUCAAAUAUUUUGCAAGUGUGUGCUUUAAUCAAAAUAAUGUAAAACUUUCGAUUGAAAACAUUCCUGACUACUGGUAUUCGUAUGACUUCCGAUGCACUCUCAACCAACAGGUUGUCAAAAAAAGGAUAAGAGUUAUUUAUAUGUAAAAUGGAAAAAUUCGUAUUUAAAAGGUUUUUUAAAUAUUAUAAUUGACCACGUGGUCACGUGACAUUCACGUGACUUCGGAAAGUGAGUGGGUAUCCCACCUAAUGAGUAUAAAAAACAAACCUGUGUUUGGUUUCGUUUUCGAAGCUUAUCCGAAAGUGUAAGUCAGGGAGUAUCCGAUAUCGUAAGAAUGUAUUAUUUAUUAAUGGUACCAUACCUAACUCAUAUAUUAUUUAUAUCAACUGACGCUCAAUGCUACCGUCACAUGAGUAAAAUAAAUGAAGAAGUUAGACCUGAUUCAA